GUUGGCUGCUCCUGAACCGUUUGGCUCUUUCUCCACUAGCAUACAGCCCCACAAUGCUCCUCAGUCUCUCUUAAAUGCAAUUUUUAACAGAUUUUUGCGAACAUUUUUAACCGUGUGUUGUAACCGGACGCUUAUAUGGGAAUUUAACAAGCGGAUCGUCGUUGAAGAGUGGGCUUAUAACGCUUUGUUUUAGCCCUAUUUAAAGAAAUAGCCGUGGAGGAGGAAAUUCCACACAGGCAACACAGCAACACAGAAGGCACCCCUUGUGUGAUCCGGAUAUUAAAAGUGUAUUGAUUGACAAUAAUUCCCACUGCUUUCAACUUGUUGACGGCGAGCAUUCAAACCACACUUGGUCACAUGGUGCUAAGACUGUCGGACAGAACGCCUGUGCAACUUUUGAAUUGGAGUAAAAGAAUUGAUACUGUGGCCUGUGUCCUGUGUGCUGACCUCAUGGUGUAAGCAGGUGUAAAGAUGAGCAUAAGCAGCGAUGAGGUCAACUUCCUGGUGUACAGAUACCUGCAGGAGUCAGGGUUUUCCCACUCGGCCUUCACAUUUGGCAUAGAGAGCCACAUCAGCCAGUCCAACAUCAAUGGAGCGCUAGUGCCCCCUGCUGCCCUCAUCUCCAUCAUCCAGAAGGGCCUGCAGUAUGUGGAGGCAGAAGUCAGCAUCAAUGAGGACGGCACGCUGUUCGAUGGCCGGCCGAUCGAGUCGCUGUCGCUGAUCGACGCGGUGAUGCCCGACGUGGUGCAGACGCGCCAGCAGGCUUACCGGGACAAGCUGGCCCAGCAGCAGGCCGCCGCCACGCCCGCGCAACCCACCACCAACAUGCAGGCCAACGCCAAGAACGGAGAGAACACGGCCAACGGCGAGGAGAACGGAGCGCACACCCUAGCCAAUAAUCAUGCUGAUAUGAUGGAAGUGGAUGGGGAUGUGGAGAUCCCUCAGAACAAGGCCAUGGUGCUGCGUGGUCACGAGUCCGAAGUGUUCAUCUGCGCCUGGAACCCCGUCAGCGACUUGCUGGCCUCAGGGUCUGGGGACUCGACGGCGCGCAUCUGGAACCUGAGUGAGAACAGCACCAGUAGCUCCACUCAGCUGGUGCUGCGCCACUGCAUACGGGAGGGCGGCCAGGACGUGCCCAGCAACAAAGACGUCACGUCGUUAGACUGGAACAGUGAGGGUACACUACUAGCAACUGGCUCCUAUGAUGGAUUUGCAAGGAUAUGGACAAAAGAUGGUAACCUCGCCAGUACUUUAGGUCAACACAAAGGUCCUAUUUUUGCAUUGAAGUGGAACAAGAAAGGAAACUUCAUCCUUAGCGCGGGAGUUGAUAAAACUACAAUCAUCUGGGACGCCCAUACAGGGGAAGCCAAGCAGCAGUUCCCUUUCCAUUCAGCGCCUGCCCUGGACGUGGACUGGCAGAGCAACAACACGUUCGCCUCCUGCAGCACGGACAUGUGCAUCCACGUCUGCAAGCUUGGACAGGACAGGCCCAUCAAGACAUUCCAAGGACACACAAAUGAAGUAAAUGCAAUCAAAUGGGAUCCAACUGGCAAUCUGCUGGCAUCGUGUUCAGACGACAUGACCUUAAAGAUUUGGAGUAUGAAACAAGAUACCUGUGUCCAUGACUUACAAGCUCACAGCAAAGAGAUCUACACUAUCAAGUGGAGUCCAACAGGCCCUGGCACCAACAACCCCAAUGCCAAUCUAAUGCUCGCCAGUGCGUCGUUCGACUCGACUGUGCGGCUCUGGGACGUGGACAGAGGGAUCUGCAUCCACACGCUAACCAAACACCAGGAGCCCGUCUACAGUGUGGCCUUCAGCCCAGACGGCAGACACCUGGCCAGUGGCUCCUUCGACAAGUGUGUUCAUAUCUGGAACACACAGACUGGUGCUUUAGUCCAUAGCUACAGGGGAACAGGGGGCAUCUUUGAAGUAUGCUGGAAUGCAGCAGGAGACAAAGUGGGUGCAAGUGCGUCGGAUGGAUCCGUUUGUGUAUUAGAUCUGCGGAAAUAGCGCUGCUUGUUGGAAGCCAUGGACCGACUAUGAAUGUGUACAUAGCCAAAAUGACUGUCCCUGCCCCAUGUACUGCUACAGUCCCUGUUGAACCAUGGCCAGCCACUACAAAAAUAAACAAACAACAAGCACCCUGACCCUGCAGACGAAGAGGAAAACGAUGUGAUUCCAACCAGAGACAUGAAAGGGACUUUUGUGAGACAAAUGGAGGACUAAACAUUAAAAAGAAGAAAAAAAAGGACCCAUAUAUGUACCAAAAUUUGGAAGAUAUUUUACUAUUCGUUCUUCAAAAAACAAUCUCAUCAAAAUAAAAGAAAGGAUUUUAAUCUUUGUUGGUAGUUCAGUUUUGCGUGUGCAGACAUAUGGGCUUCCCCAUGCGGAGGCAAGCGUUUGGUUUCCCUAUUACAGCAGAACAGUUCUUUCGAUCCCAGCUGCAUGACAUGGAACACUCAUCUUUCUACAUUUCUUUCUAAAUUGCUUCUGUUUGAUUUUUUUUAAAACCCAGAAUACAGUUAUUUAAAAAAAAAAAUGCAAGCAAGUCGUUGGUACUGUACAUUUUGUGGUUCAAUAACAGUAUGGGGACUUCAAGAAAAAUCUGUUUUAUUUUUUCUUUAGUCUUCAGGUGUAGUUUUUAAUGCUAUGAUUUAACUGAUACCUAAAUGCAGUAGUUUUUUUUCCCAAAGGAGACAUUGAUUCUGCUGAAUUGAGAUGACUAUAAUAUGGACACACACAUGUAAAGGAUGCUUUAUGCAUCAAAUUGCUUUAAAACCAUCUGUUAUGAUGGUUAGUUUGUGCACUAUUGAUGGAGCAACAAACAUGGUAGUACUUUCUGGACAAGGCCAACUGCUGUAGCUGUGUUUUGAAAGUUUCCUUUAGUAGUUAGAUGAGCCGACACAGUAAUAUUACCCUGACUGACAAGACAGGCUGAGAUGCUUCAUCCACUGUCCUCGCUCUGUUCUACUGGGCAAACAAGUCCAUGGAACACACACACACACACACACACACACACAACACACACACACAAGAAGACAGGGAGAAAAGACUUGCUUUAAGUUUCAGCUCGUAUAAAGUAAUGUCUGCUAACGCCUCUGCUUGGUGUUCAGUGAAACCUCUUAAUGACAUGGGUAACCUGGCUACUCUGUCCCAUGAGUUUCAAAGUGGAUCUCUUUUAAUUGUGUGCAAAUGGAUGCAGGUUUGAAUCAGGCCUGGAUGUCUCACUCAUGUGAUUUGGAUUGUACUACUUCUCCUCUGGGCUCCCCCAGUGCUUCUCCCCCUUCUCAGCACAAUCACCCUCAGGCUUAACCUUCUCUCACACUCUCGUAGUCACACUCCAAAACUAGGUCUGUGUCUACGUAUUCUCAUUUCUCACUCUCAGUCUGUUCCUGCAGGAGCCCCUUCUCCUGAGAGGUGGGUCUUCAGCAGACAGGAACUCCUCAGUUUUUUUUUCUAAAUCAGCAAGCUUGAAGCAAGUCAGGGUGUUAGGCUAGAAAUGUACACAAUAUUUUGCCAUAUGGAUACAUGUCAUAACUGUAACUGUACUGCAGCCUGUGCAAUGUCACCAGUAGUCUAAGUUGACCGGAAGUCACACACCUUGCACCACAUAAGUAGGGUGUGAACGAUUUUAAGUCUUGCUCGUCAUCUGCAUUCAGUAUACAACUAUGAAACAAGUGAGGGAUCACAUGUCCCCACUGUCAGUGUUUGCAUCAUUCACAUGCCAUAUAGAAAUUCUGUUUCCAGUCUAAGGUGGACACACUUGUCAGUCUCUCGGUCUCAGUAAAGUUUGAUCAGUCGGGAGCUGUACUUGCUUUCUUGUCAGAAAGGGAUGGAGUGUUGGUGUCGGGAGUCACCGCGGAAUGUGAUGUAACUUCUCAGCGUGUCUCAAAAAGCCAGCCACAUGAUGCGUGUCCUCCGUCAAAGGCCUCAUUGUCUCCCAUUCUAAGCCUUAUAUGUUUCUGUUGUUUUUACUAUGUCACUAGAUGUGUAACCUUGCAUUUUAUACAGAGGCAUAGUCAGUUCUAAUUCUGUAUAAAACAGAGUCUACCCAGAGGUAAUUGUGACCAUCAGAACACUAUUUAUUAUAGGCUUUUGGAGGUGGCCGGGUCUUUUAGGUUGGCUUUAAAAAACAAAAAGGAAAAAAAAUCUGCUGUCCCAAUGUCUGCUUGCCCACAUUUUCUCGUCCUCAUUCGUCUCACAAGCUGAAAUUCCAAUCAUAUUCUUACUCUGUGUGUCCCCCUGGACGUUUUGUACUCUUUUAAAAACUUUUUUGUAAUUCAUAUUUCUUUGUAGCUUAAAAUAAUAAGACUUUAAAAAAAGGAGGUAAAAAAACAUGAUUAAUGAAGAUAACCUGGACCAUGUACAGUCUACGCCACCGUCUGAUCGCCUGGGUUAUACACGACCUCGUCAGCGCUCACUCCCUCUUUAUUUCCCCAAGAGUUUCUUUUCUCCUUUCUUUGGUUGCAGAUCCUCCCCAUGCAUUGCAUCGAUCUGUUGUAAUUUGAAUCAGAUCUGAUUAAAAAAAAGUCCAGAAUAAAAUAUAUUUUGAUAUUA